AUGACCGGCGUUGAUGCCAUGCACGAUCUUGGCUACAAGGGUCAAGGCGUCAAGAUCGCCAUCCUGGACACCGGUGUAGACUAUCGUCAUCCAGCACUGGGUGGUGGUUUUGGUGAAGGCUUCAAGGUUGCAGGUGGCUAUGACUUUGUAGGUGAUGAUUACACCGGAGCCAAUAUGCCAGUGCCGGAUGCAGACCCUGUUGUCGAGUGCCUUGACGGAGGGCAUGGCACUCACGUUGCGGGUAUAAUUGGCGCUCAAGACCCUGAAGGAGUCGGCUUCGGCAUUGUGGGAGUAGCUCCAGAGGCGUCACUUUACAUGUACCGCAUUCUCGGCUGUGAAGGCGGCGUGACUGACGAUGUCAUCAUCCAAGGAUUUCAGGCUGCCGCCGAGGAGGGUGUCGACUUGAUCAGCAUGUCCGUAGGCGGAGUCAGAGCUUGGGAAACUGCAUCGCUCUUCGAAUCUGUCUUCGCUUCCAUCAAAAAGAGAGGCAUCGGGAUGUUGGUUGCCGCCGGUAAUGACGGAGAGAGUGGCCCCUACUAUACCAGCUGGCCAGCCCUGGAUCCUUCAAUCAUAUCUGUCGGCUCUACAAGCAACCUCGCGUUCCCUACCGCUUACAAUGUCGAGGAUGUGGACGGCAACGUUGCUGAAUAUGCACGCAUCGCACCACUGGAGGGAACAUACAAUGUGUUCAUUGCUGACAGCGAUGAUGGCUUUUGCGAUCAGUCAGCAUGGGAUACUGCAGCGGAAAUAUUUUCCGACCCAGACAAAGUCAUUGCCAUCAUGAACUGGGACGGGUACUGCAGUCAAUCGUUGAUUUAUUAUAUGGGUAAAACUGGAUUUAAGAACUUUUGGGCGUAUAUUGAUGACGAUGCCGACUUGAACUUAUAUCCUCCGGGAUACGUGCCGUAUGACUUUGUACGCUUUCGGAAGUCUGAAUUCGAGAAGCUACUUCCAAGCAUUCAGGCCAAUGGAUGGGCUGCAACUCUAACUUUCAAGGAUCAGAAUGUCCACGAUACCAAGCAGCCAACUGCUCGGACCGUCAGCUAUUAUUCGUCAUUUGGACCUACAGUUGAGAUGUCCAUGAAGCCUCAGCUUUCUGCUCCGGGAGGAACUAUCCUGAGCAGCUGGCCUACCACUGAUGGUCUGGGCUACGCUGUGAUUUCUGGAACAUCAAUGGCGACGCCUCAUCUGGCUGGUUGCUAUGCGCUUCUGAAGCAGGCUUACCCCGAGCUCACUCCCGAUGAUAUAUUGCAUCGUCUGCAGACGACGGCUACCCCUCUCGAGCAAUUUGGCUAUGAUGGCCUUCUCACGGGUACUCUACAACAGGGAGCAGGCUUGGUCAAUGUGUACAAUGCGUUCAAUUACGACAGUAUCAUCUCACCCGCCCAGUUGAACCUCAGGGACAGUACCUCACCCGAGCCUCAAAGUAUUACAAUCGAGAACAAAUCUUCCAAGCCUAAGACUUACACAAUUGGCCAUAAAGGCUCUUCACUAGUCAAUGCAUCGCCCAACGUCUACGAAAGGGGCUAUGCUGAGAGAUUUUACUGGGCGGAAAACAACAGCCCAAAUUUCGCCUCAGUUUCUUUUUCUCAGAACACCAUAACCUUGUCAGCCGGUGCUGGUAUUACGUUCAAAGCUACUGUCAGGGCACCUACUACGGACGUCGACCCCAGCAAGUUGCCCAUCUACGGCGGGUACAUCACCAUCACGGAUAAUGACUCCAAGGAAUACGUGGUACCAUACAUAGGCGUCCCGUAUACGCGCAAUUCCCAACCCACCCUGGACUUCAGCGACCUCCUCAAUAUCACAACGAAGCCUCUUCCACCCAAGUACAUUCCCAACAUUCCAAUGGUUCGCGCCAUGGACAUCAACAAGCGCGUCAACGACAUUGAGACCUUCACCUUCCCGGCGUGGGCUCCUCCGCCAGACUCUGACGAAGACCAAGAUGACGACAAUGACCCGCAGAUCGAGUUCGUUAUCCGGCAGCCAUCCGAGUACGUGCGCUUCGAUGCCGUCUCGCCGACCUACAAGAUCCGCCCUACACGUUAUGGUUUCAACCCCUGUAAAGCGCGCUCGCUCAACCUCACGGAGCCGCCGAUGGAGCCGGUCGAGGAGUUUCUCGGGAUACCGUCAUAUGGGUUAUUGUUUAGCUACAUUGGCGGUUUUGAUAAGCCGUACAGUCCAUUCCAGGAGCUGUACAUUGGAUAUGGAUUCAACUCAGUGAUAUGGGACUGGGCGGAAGUUGCGGCGCCGAAUGGGACACUUCUGCAGUUGCCUAAUGCGGACUAUCGCGUGCUGGUGCGCGCGCUGCGUUGGGGAUACGAUUGGGAGGACCCGGAGGGUUACGAGAGUUGGCUGAGCCCAGUGAUCAGGGUCAAUAUUGGUGAUCCGGGUUACCCCAACCCUUAUUGA